AUGCGUGAUGGGUAUGGCGUUACGAAGAGGUAUAUAGGCAAGCAAACCCCCUGGGCUUUUUUCAAGCUCCUCUCAUCCUCCCCAGCACCCAAGAUGCGCGCCUCCGCUUCCCUCUUAGCCCUCGCCGGCACCCUCGCCCUAGCCCAAACCCCUUCCCGCCCCUACUCAACUUGGCUCGCCUCGUCCUUCGUCGCCCGCAAAGCCCCCAUCGACGCAGGCUACGGCCCGGCCGUUCUCUACGAAGGCAUCGCCCGCGCCGCCGCCGCCGCCUCCAACGUGACCCUUCUCCGCGCCGCCGAGACCGCCGUCUCCUCCCUCGUCUCCGAUGCUGGUGUCCUCGACGGCUGGGAUCCGGAGUGGUACUCCCUCGACGACAUCCGCAUCGGCAACAACCUCCUCUGGUUCUACCAGCGCAACACUACGGCGGGAGCGAAGUACAAGAUCGCGGCGGACGGGCUGCGGCAACAGUUGAACCGGUGGCCGCGGACGCCUAGCGGCGGGUUCUGGCACCGCGCGCCGAUUUACGAGGAUCAGAUGUGGCUGGACGGGAUCUACAUGGCCGAUUCGUUUUAUGCGACCUAUGUCUCGCUGUUUGAGAAGGGGAAUACCACGGCGUGGGGGGAGAUUGCGCUGCAGUUUGAUCUGAUUGAGGAGCAUACCCGGAACCACACGACAAACUUGCUCGUGCACGGGUACGACGAGGCAAAGGACGCCGUCUGGGCGGAUCCCGUGACGGGAGCGAGCCCGUUGGUGUGGAACCGUGCUGUUGGGUGGUACUUCAUGGCGCUCAUUGACACGCUGCAAGUGUAUCCCAAGAACCUUCCGGGAUACGCGCGGCUACAAGAGUACUUUGUCACCCUGGCGGAUGGGUUGGCAAGAAGCCAGGAUGCGUCGGGAGGGUGGUGGCUUAUCAUGAACGAGGGGUACCAGACGCGCAAGGGCAACUACCUUGAGUCGAGCGCCGCAGCCAUGUUUGCUUACGGUCUGCUGCGCGGUGUUCGGGAUGGGUUCCUCGAGGCAAAGUACAAGGAUGUUGGACUCAAGGCGUACAAGGCCCUUGUGAGGGACUUUAUUCGGGAUGAUAAGAAUGGGCUCAUUAGCUUCACGGGCACGGUGCAGGUUGGGAGUCUGAACUCGAACGCGAGUUUUGAGUACUACACCAGCAUCCCUAUUGUCGAGAACGAUCACCGUGGUAGCGGGUCUUUCAUGUUUGCCGCUAUUGAGGCCGAGCUGGCCAAGUAG